AUGUCUUGCCAGCAAAAAGAUAACCAACACUGCUCAGACAUCCACCAUCAGUCCCAGGUAAACAGCUGUGAGAAUGGGGUCAGCUAUGGGCCAGGUGACAAGCUGUAUCUCAAAACUCCAACUAUAUUCAGUUUUCCUAUGUCCAGAAGUUCAGGAUUCCAAGUCUACUUGAAGCUGGAGAACCUGCAGCCUCCAGGGUCAUUCAAACUCCGAGGCAUUUCGCACAUGAUACAGAAGGCAACACAACAAGGAACAUGUGAGCAUGUCUACUGUGCUUCUGGAGGUAACGCAGGACUGGCAGCGGCCUUUGCUUCCCACCAACUCAACAUUCCUUGUACAAUCAUCUUACCCAGUUCCACCCCACGUUUCAUUGCUGAUCAACUGAGGAAUCUGGGUGCAGAGGUUAGAGUUCACGGAGAUGUGUAUGAUGAAGCUAAACAGUUGGCCCAGGAGCUCGGAAAGCAGCCAGACAGUCUCUAUGUCCCAGCAUUUGAGCAUCCUGCUCUCUGGGAAGGGCAUUCAAGCCUGAUUGUGGAAACUGAAAGACAAAUGAAGGUCAAGCCUGACGUUGUUAUUACGAGCGUGGGAGGGGGAGGGCUACUCAACGGCAUGAUACAGGGAAUGAGGCAGGUCGGCUGGACUGAUGUGCCAGUUGUUGCUAUAGAAACUCACGGCGCUAACUGUUUCAAUGCUGCCAUCGCAGCUGGUGAGGUGGUGACCCUUCCUGCAAUUACCAGUAUUGCUAAAAGUCUUGGAUCUCUCAGUGUAAGUCCCGUUACUCUGGAAUAUUACCAGCAGAAGCAACCUCCUAUUAUCAGCCAGUUGGUCACAGACAAGGAAGCCGUGCAUGCUUGUGUCCAGUUUGCAGAAGAUCACAGACUGCUUGUAGAGCCAGCUUGUGGUGCCACAUUGGCUGCCCUAUACAGCAACAUCAUCCAUAAACUGGUGGAACAAGGGCAGCUGCAGAACAUCACAACAGUCCUGGCAAUUGUUUGCGGGGGUUCCAUUGUUUCAACAUCUGUUAUGGAAGGUUGGAAGGACCAGUUUGGUCUAUGA